AUGGUGAAUGAAGAGCCUAACCAGCAAGAGCGCGAUGACACCCCUUCGCAGACUUACGCCCUCGGGGAGAGCCCCAGCCUCUCCGUCCAUCCCAGCAUCUCAGCCCAUCCAAGCGUCUCCAUCCACCCCAGUGUCUCUGCGCACCCCAGUAGUUCGGCCCACCCCAGUACCUUGACUCAACCCAGUGGCUUGGCCCACCCCAGUAGCUCCGGCCCUGAGGACCUUAGCGUGAUCAAGUUGAGCAAGCGCCGAUGGGCUGUGGUCCUGGUGUUUAGCUGCUACUCCAUGUGCAACGCCUUCCAGUGGAUCCAGUACGGCUCCAUCAAUAACAUCUUCAUGAACUUCUACGGGGUCAGUGGCUUUGCCAUCGACUGGCUGUCCAUGUGCUACAUGCUGACCUACAUUCCUCUGCUCCUGCCGGUGGCCUGGCUCCUGGAGAAGUUCGGCCUGCGCACCAUCGCCCUCACCGGCUCCGCUCUCAACUGCCUGGGGGCCUGGGUGAAGCUGGGCAGCCUGAAGCCACAUCUCUUCCCAGUCACCAUGCUGGGCCAGGUCAUCUGCUCUGUGGCCCAGGUCUUCAUCCUGGGCAUGCCCUCCCGCAUUGCUUCUGUCUGGUUCGGGGCUAAUGAGGUGUCAACAGCCUGCUCCGUAGCUGUCUUUGGCAAUCAGCUUGGAGUUGCCAUUGGGUUCUUGGUCCCUCCUGUCUUGAUACCCAACAUCAAAGACCAGGACAAGCUUGCCUACCACAUCAGCAUCAUGUUCUACAUAAUAGCAGGUGUGGCCACUCUGCUUUUCAUCCUUGUCAUCAUCGUAUUCAAGGAGAAGCCUAAACAUCCCCCCAGCAGGGCCCAGUCCUUAAGCUAUACCUUGACGUCCCCUGAUGCUUCAUACUUAAGUUCCAUCGUCCGACUCUUCAAAAACCUCAACUUUGUGCUGCUCGUCAUCACCUAUGGUCUGAAUGCUGGUGCUUUUUAUUCCUUGUCCACUCUGCUGAAUCGCAUGGUGCUCUUGCAUUACCCGGGUGAAGAAUUGAAUGCUGGAAGAAUCGGCCUGACCAUCGUGGUUGCAGGAAUGCUUGGGGCUAUGAUCUCAGGCAUCUGGCUGGAUAGGACCAAAACCUACAAGCAGACAACUUUGGUGGUCUAUAUCAUGACUGUGGUGGGCAUGGUGGUUUACACAUUGACCUUGAACCUGGGACACCUGUGGAUAGUGUUCAUCACGGCUGGUGUAAUGGGCUUCUUUAUGACUGGCUUCCUCCCGCUGGGAUUUGAGUUUGCUGUGGAGCUGACAUACCCAGAAUCAGAAGGCAUGUCGUCUGGCCUCCUCAACGUGUCUGCCCAGGUAUUCGGGAUCAUCUUCACCAUCUCCCAGGGCAAGAUUAUCGACAACUAUGGAACCAUGCCUGGGAACAUCUUCCUGUGUGUGUUCCUCACCCUUGGAGCAGUCCUCACUGCAUUCAUUCGGGCAGAUCUCCGGAGGCAGAAAGCAAACAAAGAAACUACUCAGAAUAAACCCCCGGAGAAGGAGGAGAGCAAAACCAGCAAAGCCUCCACCAGUGUAUUGGAGGUGCGCCUCUGA